UUUUCUCGUCUGCCUCUUUCGUUGAUAAGCCGCCAUGCGGUGAGGAUCGUGAGCCGAGGGUUACGCGUGUGUUGUAUUUUGCGUUGUAUGCGAAUACAGCGUGUUUUGUUGCGUGAAUUGUAGCAGACGACAGCGUUGCUGCACAUACAAUGUGAAUAUUGAUUGCUGAUUUUCAUCCACCCCACAUCGCCCGCCAACAUAAUGAGUACCACAGCCAACGGAGCGUCCCGCCCGAACAAGAGGCAUUCGGAGAGCAGCAAUGGCAGCAGCAGUGCCAGCGACUCCUCGGCCACCCCCCUGUCUGUCUCCAGAAGCCCCUCCCCCUGUAACACCCCCCUCAUUGACCGGAUCAGCCAGCGUAUUGCGUGUAAGGAGAGGUGGUUCUCGUUGGAAUUUUUCCCGCCCAGAACCGCCAACGGAGCCGUCAAUUUACUGGCAAGAUUGGAGCGCAUGCACGCAGGCGGUCCCCUAUUCUGUGACAUCACAUGGCAUCCGGCUGGUAACCCCGGCGGCCAGACGGAGACCAGCUCCAUCACCAUAGCGACCAGCUCCAUCAAUUACUGCGGGAUCGAGACCAUGUUGCACAUGACUUGCGUCGGGCAGACCAAAAACGACAUCAGCAAGUACCUGAACCGUGCAAAGGACUGCGGAGUCCGGAAUAUACUGGCUCUCCGUGGAGAUGUGCCCGGAGAUCUGGAAUGGCAAAAGUCGAAUUCAGAAGACGCCUUCAAUUAUGCGGUGGAUCUGGUCCGACACAUCAAGAAGACAUUCGGCGAUCACUUCUCUAUUUGUGUAGCAGGUUAUCCCGGCGGUCAUCCAGAAGCAGAGAGUUACCAAGAAGACCUGAAGCACCUCAAGAUGAAAGUAGAUGCGGGAGCUGAGUUUAUCAUCACCCAGCUGUUCUUCAACGCCAAGGACUUCCUCACAUUCUACAAGGACUGUCGCGCCAUCGGGAUCACGGUGCCUAUCAUCCCCGGUGUCAUGCCCAUUCAGGGUUACACCUCUCUGCGCAAUCUGGUCAAGUUGUCCAAGCUGGAAGUUCCAGAAGACAUCGUGAAAGUGAUAGAGCCGAUCAAAGACAACGACGCGGCCGUCAGGAACUAUGGCAUUCACCAGGCCGUCACCAUGUGCAAGGAGAUGUUUGAUAGCGGUGACGUCCACGGCCUUCACAUCUAUACACUGAACCGCGAGGUGGCCACCAUUGAGAUCCUGAAGCAGCUGGGCCUGUGGAACGAGGACCCUAUACACCGCCCUCUACCGUGGAAAACCACAGCCAAUCACAUGAGGACCAAAGAGGACGUCCGACCGAUCUUCUGGGCCGCUCGACCAAAGAGUUACAUUCAUAGGACCAAAGAUUGGGACGACUUCCCCAACGGUCGCUGGGGCGACUCAUCUUCCCCGGCCUUCGGCGAUCUCAAGGACUACCAUCUCUUCUACCUCAAGAGCAAGUCCUCCAAGGAGGAGCUGCAGAAGAUGUGGGGGGAGGAGCUGGGAUGCGAGGAGGACGUCUUCGAGGUCUUCAAGUGCUAUCUGGACGGGGAGCCUAACCGCUACGGUCACAAGGUGAAGCGUAUGCCUUGGAAUGACGAUGAGCUGGCCCCGGAGACCUCGCGUCUACGUGACCGGCUGAUCAGCAUCAACAAGCGAGGUGUUCUGACUAUCAACUCCCAGCCUAGCGUCAACGGGGCGCCGUCCUCGGACCCCGUGGUGGGAUGGGGUGCGCCAAAUGGUUACGUCUACCAAAAGGCUUACCUCGAGUUUUUCACAUCUCGAGAGAACGCAGCAGCUUUGCUGGAUGUACUCAGGGACUAUCCUGCCGUCACCUACCACGUGGUCAAUCACAAUGGUAAGGAGGACAUUAGCAACGCGGACCGCCAGCGACCCAUCGCCGUCACCUGGGGCGUGUUCCCUGGUGCUGAAAUCAUCCAGCCCACCGUGGUGGAUCCGGUCAGCUUCAUGGUGUGGAAGGACGAAGCCUUCGGGCUCUGGAAGCACCAGUGGGGCCACAUCUACCCAGACAACUCCCCCUCUCGCCAGAUCAUCGACCACAUCCACAACACCUUCUACCUGGUCAACCUCCUCAACAACGACUACAUUAAGGACGACUUCUUGAUCUUUGAGGUCUUGGAGAAGAUGCUGGCCCGGCGCGAGCAGCGGAGACGGGAGGAGACAGAGGGGCCGGACUUGGACGAGGAGAUCUGCUCCAAGAAGCUCAAGAUUGAUGCCGAGGCUGCCACGGCUCAAGACGGGAUUCCAUCCUCAAUUGCGAUUCCGUAGGGAAGAUUCGUAUUCAACAUUUGACGACUUGACUACAUCUUUGCUCUUCAGCUUUGUACAGAUAAAACAUGCCUGAAAUUUGUUACGCUGUUUUCAAUGUUUAAUGUCAGUCUAUGAUUGCUUCAAGGCCUAAAAUUCCAUGCGGCGAUAAAAAUUCAUGGACUUGUGGAGCUAACGCUCGCUCUUGAAGACUGGUUCCCAUGCCCUAAUGAGUUCUGGAAUAUUAUUAACGGCAGGACCAUCUACCAGUCCACAUUAUAGAACCGACACAAAGAAUCAGAGAGAAUAUUUUGUUUUAUUUUUUAGUAUUUGUAAGAAUUUAAGGCCCACCUCCCCUUCGGCAUUUCUUUCCUACGCUUCAAACCACUGAAAUUGGUCUUAUUUUCAGAAAACAUAUUUGCCGUACUCUUGCAUGUCCUAAAAAUCAAAUUUGAUUCAUAGCUGAUUCUAUGUAUUUUCAAUGCAGAUUGAAGCUACAAAGCCCUACCCACAAAUAAAGUUAAGGUGUUCCCCUGUGUUUUUGUUCUUCAAGGUUUCUGUUUGCUCGAUACUUUCUUUUUGCUUUAAUGAUGUUGCUUGUUUGCGCAAUAGUUAUUGAACUCUGGCAAAGCCCGUUUUUGAACG